CAAAAACCGAUCGAGAACCUCCACGCAUGCACGAGAUGGCGCCGUCCAAGUCCAGCGUCGCCUUCCUCCUCGUGGUGCUCGCGGCCGCGCUGCUGCAGCCGUCGGCCGCUAUCAGAGCCCAACCAGUCAAAGUCAAGCCCGCCUGCGUCCCAUUUAAGCCACCUCAAUCUGUUACCCCGUCGCCACCUCCCCCUGCAGCUUCCCUGCCGAGCUUCCCAGCCCCAUCUGUCCCUGCUUCCCCGAGCUCGCCGGCGCCUACACCAUCGCCGCCACAGCAACCCGCCACGCCGGUCGCACCCGCUACCCCGCCGUCGCCACAGCUACCCACCACCCCAGCAGUAGCGCCCGCUACCCCGCCGCCGCCACAGACACCCGCCACCCCGGUCACGCCCGCUACCCCGCCGCCUCCGCCUGCGCAGCCCACGGAGUGCCUGACGCCGCUGAUGGGGCUGAUGCCAUGCAUGGGCUUCCUCACCGAUACCACCGUGCCGACGCCCCCGGCCACGUGCUGCGGCGCUUUCAAGUCGCUCGUGGACAACGCCCCCAUCUGCCUCUGCCACGGCCUCAACGGCGACAUCAACAAGAUCAUGCCCGCGCCCAUGAAUUUCAUGCGCAUGAUGUCGCUCCCGGGAAGCUGCAACGUGCCGCUGCCGAUGCAGGCGCUUGCCCAGUGCUCCUCGGCGUCUGUGCCACCGCUGAACCCUCCAGCAGCUCCGUCUCCAAAGCCGUCGCAGUAG